CAAACAUGCAGAAGAUCAGUGGCGGAUCCAGGAUUUUUAAAUUGGGGGACGAAAAAAUAAUCUCAUAAACAUAAAUAUAAAAGACAAUUAAUUUAAUGUUAAAAAUAGUGUGUUUCAAAAUAUUGUUUGAACAAGAAAAAAAAUUACAUAACUAUUUAAUUUAUCUUCCGAUGAGUCUUCAUUUUUUCGAAGCGUUUCACAACCUCGCCAUCGGAAGCUUUCGACGAGUCUUCAUUUCUUCGAAAUGUUUCCCAAAGUUACAAUCCAUCAAAGUAAACAAGGGGUUAAUUUUACUAUUUUUAAUAAUCAAGAAUAAUCCUCCAAAAUAAACGUUCCCUAAAGAAUAAAUCACAUGUCUCUUUAUUUCAAAUAGGUAAAAAAUUAAUUUACAAAUGACCUGUUUAUCAAAAAUUCACUCUUUCUCUAAUUAUUUGUGUGAUUUUUUUUACACUAUUUGAUACUUUAAAUUGUACAAUAACGUAAGUGACUUUAAAUUGUUGCAGCCACUUUAAAUUUUAGUUGGGCCCAAAGCCCAAACUAAAUAAUUCACAUGUGACUCGGCCGGCUGGGAACUUGGGGGUACAAAUACAAGUAAAAUGCAUAUGUAACCCCUUAAUGCAUAAUACUACUAGAAAGAUAUGUAAAAGAUUUGGGGGCGAGAGUUCGAAAAUCAAGAAACGCUACAUGCACCUGAAUGAGGAUCUCCUCAGAGAAAACCCAAGCAUCGCCGACUACGAGGCGCCGUCGCUCAACGCGCGGCUGGAGAUAGCGAUGGUGGAGGCGCCGAAGUUGGGCAAGAUAGCGGCGGAGAAGGCCAUCAAGGAAUGGGGGCAGCCCAAGUCCAACAUCACCCACCUCAUCUUCUGCACCAGCACCACUUCCGCCGACUUGCCCGCCGUCGACUACCGCCUCGCCCACCUCCUCGGCCUCCGCCCCACAGUCAUCCGCACCAUGCUGUGCCAGCAAGGCUGCUACGGCGGCGGCGCCGCCCUCCGCCUGGCCAAGGACUUGGCCGAGAACAACGCCGCCGCCCGGGUUCUAGUCGUCUGCUGCGAGCUCAACACCAUCUGCUUCCGCGGCCCGAGCGAGGACCACGUCGAGGACCUCGUCGGGCAGGCGCUGUUCGGAGACGCCGCCGCCGCUGUGAUCGUCGGCGCCGAUCCGGCGGCAGCGGAGCGGCCGGUCUUCCAGAUCAUGUCGGCCGCGCAGGCGACGGUCCCAGCGACGGACGACCGCAUCCGCGGCCGUCUGCGGGAGGCCGGGCUUCUCGUCGAUCUCUUCAAAGAUAUCCCGGGCCUGCUCUCGGAAAACAUAGGGGAGAAUUUGGAGCGGGCUUUCGGGCCGUGGGGGAUCUCGGAUUGGAACUCGAUAUUUUGGAUUGCGCAUCCCGGUGGGCCCGCGAUACUGGAUCAGGUGGAAGCGAAGGCGGGCCUGAAGCCCGAGAAGCUGCGGAUGUCGCGCCACGUGUUGAGCGAGUACGGCAACGUGUCGAGCCCCUCCGUGUUGCUUAUCUUGGACGAGAUGAGGAAGGCCGCCGCCGAGGAGGGGAGGAGCACCACCGGCGAGGGGCUGGAGUGGGGGGUGCUGUUCGGGUUCGGGCCGGGCCUCACGGUGGAGACGGUGGUGCUGCGCAGCAUGCCGAUUUAAAUAUAAACACGCAAAUAUUGGGUGAGUCGAAUAUUUGACACAAUGAUCUUGUUAAUUGAAUUGUGUUUUCGUGAUUAUGAUAUGUUUUAAUGUAAUUGUUUCAAUGUUGCGAUAAUGCAUGUUUGUUUUGAUUUUGUAAUAAUAAUAAUAAUAGGAUAUGGAAU